AUGCUGCCUAAAAACAAGGACCAGGUGCUUCUACAGAACACAGUGCCCCCUGGGCACCCCCUUCAGGGCCCCUCACAACUUGUGGACUCCCAUCCCCCCAACCUUCAGCCUCUGCCUCCCCAGAAAUCACUCACUCCUUCCUACCCACCUAGCUUCCUUUCUCCACAGUCCCAUUCUCCUGUCUCCCAUUUUUAUUCUUCUGAGUCAUAUUCUGACUUUGCCCUACAUCCCUACUCUUUCUCUCUCCCAAGUUCUCCCACUUUCUUUCAUCAGAAUCACCCCUCUCUCUCCCUUUCACGUUCCUCCUCUCCCUCCCAACGGCUAUACCCCUCUCCUCCUCCUCCUCAUUCCUUGUCUCCCUCUGAGCCAAAGAACUCUCUCUCCCACUCAGGCUGCCAGACUCCUUCCCACCCUGUAGACCUACUUAGCUCCCCUCUUACUUCCCCAAGCCCCAGCCUACCUUCUCCGGGGAUCUACUCUAACAGGCAGACAUGGCACUGGCAUCAUCAGUACCAGGACACCAGGUCCCCUGGGGUGGUGGGGGAAUGCGUGGCAAGCGAGAGGGACCCUGCAGAGUUCAGGGACCCCGGAGCACUGGCCAAGGCCCUGGUGGCCCACUUGGGGCACCGCCGCAUUGCACACGACCUGCGGCUACUGCUUUUGCAGCACCUGUGGCUAGGCAGAACCGGCCAGGCUCCAGUCGUGGAGUAUCCCAUAUGCCUGGUGUGUCUCCGGCCCCGCAGCCCCUCUUGCCCCAUCCCCAGUUGCAGGACUGGACCCCGGCUCCUGGCCUUCCCCCAACUACUGCCCUGUGCACAGGGCCAGGAAUCCGGACCACUCCGCCUAGGCAUCGGCUUUGGCCUUCGCCUGCCUCGUGGCCAGGCCAGGGCUUUGCACCUGUUACCAGAAAGAAGGCCAGAGGAAGUAGGGUCUCAGGGCAAGGCCCCUCCCGCCUGUGGGUAUCCAACCCAGGCAUCUCGGGCCCCAGCAAUGGCUCAGGCCCGGGCAAAUUCAGCCCCAGGCACACCCUCCCAGACCCGGAGCCUCAGGUCUGCAGGCCCUCAGCCGUCAAACUCCGCCUGA